UCACUUUCACUUUCGGGAAGCCGCCUCCUUUCCCAGAAGCGGAUCCGGGCAGCCGGGGACUUCCCAGGGCGGGCGGCGAACCGGGGUCCAGACCCGCCUCUCUCCGCCUCCGACCCCCAGUUCGCGGCUCCUCGCCCAGGCCGGGAGUUGCGGGCGGCGCGUUUCCACGGGGCAGCUGCGGAGCCGGACCAGGACUUGCCCCCGGCGCCUGGGAUCCGCUAGCCCCGGAGCAGCCGCAUCCAGACCCCGGCCCGCACCGGGAAAGGGGGAGACCCCAAGCGGAGUGGAACUGGAUCGGCAGGACAGGUUCUGCGGUCACUCCGGCGCGGCUCUGAGCGCAGUGACCCGAGCGGCCGCCAGAGGGCGCCCCCGGCGGGGACCGGCCGCACCGGGUCUAGGAGACUUAGACACUCGCUGCUGAGCGCUGCAGGGACCAGCCACAGCUGGGACUAGGAGAUUUAGACACUCACUGCUGAGCGCUGCAGGGACCGGCCCCUGGCAUGAAGCUGGCCGUGGCCUGGGUCUCCCUGCCCCUGGCAAUGCUGCUGGAUUUCCUCACCCUGCGCCUGGCCCUGCUGCUCUGUCCCCCGCUGCAGGCCUGGGACCCCCUGGCGCUGGCCUGGGGGGUGGCGCUGGUGCGAUGGGCAUUGCUGAGCCUGAGCGCCCAGGCUGCCUGCGGCAGGGGGCAGGGCCUGCCCGGGGGGCUACGGGACGCGCUGCUGCCCCUGGCUGCCCUGCUCAGCCUGCUGCUGCCCAGCUAUGUGACCCUGCAGGCGCUGGCCCAGCCCCGGGCACCCCCCUCGGAGCUGCUGCACGGCUGGGGCCGAGGGGAUGUCUUCGGCCUGACCUACGGCGUGGCGGGGCUGGUGGCCGUGCUCUGGCACCAGCUGUUCCCUGCCGGCAAGGGGGAUCUGAGGCCCUCGGCCUCGCUGGGCCGUCUGCUGGCCUGCAUGAGGCCGGACCUGCUGCGCUUCGUGGCCAUCGCGGGGUUCCUGGUGCUGUCCUCACUUGGGGAGAUGGCGAUCCCCUACUACACGGGGCGCAUGACCGACUGGAUUGUGAGCGAGAACGACCCCUCGGCCUUCGUCCGGGCCAUCUGGGCCAUGUCCCUCAUCACCGUGGGCAGCGCAGUGACAGAGUUCGUGUCCGACUGUCUCUAUAACGGCACCAUGAACCGGAUCCACAUGCGAAUCCAGAGCCGGGUCUUCAGCUCCGUCCUGCACCAGGAGAUCGGCUUCUUCCAUGCCAACCGCACCGGGGACAUCACGUCGCGGGUGACGGCCGACACGGACGCUGUGAGCGAGGCGCUGAGCGAGAAGCUGAACCUGCUGAUGUGGUACGGGAUGCGGGGAGUCUUCCUCUUCGGCCUCAUGGUGCAGGUGUCGCUGCGGCUGGCGCUCUUCACCGCCGUGGGGCUGCCCCUCGUCCUGCUGGUUCCCAAGCUCUCCGGGAAAUUCCACCAGAGCCUGGCGCAGCGGGUGCAGGAGUCCCUGGCCAAGGCCAAUGAGGUGGCAGUGGAGACCUUCCAGGCCAUGGCCACGGUGCGCAGCUUUGCCAACGAGGAGGGGGCCGCCCGGCGCUAUGGGCAGCGGCUGCAGGAGACCUACCGGCUCAACAAGCAGGAGGCAGCCGCCUACGCCGCCUCCAUGUGGACCAACAGCCUGUCGGGGCUGGCGCUGAAGGUGGGGAUCCUGUACUAUGGGGGGCGACUGGUCACCGCCGGGGCCGUCAGCACCGGGGACCUGGUCACCUUCGUCCUCUACGAGAUGCAGUUCACCACGGCCGUGGAGGUGCUGCUCUCCAUCUACCCCAGCGUGCAGAAGGCCGUGGGCUCCUCAGAGAAGAUCUUUGAGUACAUGGAGCGGACGCCCCAGAUCAGCCCCCCUGGGACGCUGGCCCCCCCCAGCCUGCGUGGGCACCUCCAGGUGCAGGACGUCUGGUUCUCCUACCCCGGCCGGGAUGAUGCCCCUGUGCUCAAGGGGGUGUCUCUGGAGCUGCGCCCCGGGGAGGUGACGGCGCUGGUUGGCCCAUCGGGCGCGGGGAAGACGUCGCUGGUGGCCCUGCUGGAGCGUUUCUACGAGCCCCAGUGCGGGCGCCUGCUGCUGGACGGGCGGGACCUGCGGGAGUACGAGCAUCAUUACCUGCACAGCAAGGUGGCGCUGGUGAGCCAGAAGCCGGUGCUGUUCGCCCGCUCACUGCACGAGAACAUCGCCUACGGGCUGGGGGGGCGCAGCCGCCAGGAGGUGACGGGGGCUGCCCGGCGCGCCAACGCCCACGGCUUCAUCGCCCGGCUGAGCCAUGGCUACGACACAGAUGUUGGGGAGAUGGGGGGGCAGAUCUCGGGGGGGCAGAGGCAGGGGGUGGCCAUUGCCCGAGCCCUGCUCCGAAACCCCCGAGUGCUGAUCCUGGACGACGCCACCAGCGCCUUGGACACGGAGAGUCAGCUGUGGGUGGAGAAGGAGAUUUACGAGGGGGCCCGGGCCGGGCGCGCGGUGCUGCUCAUCGCCCAUCGCCUGAGCGCCGUGGAGCGAGCCGACCGCAUCCUGGUGCUGGAGGAGGGGGAGAUCCGGGAGCAGGGCACCCACCAGGAGCUGCUGGCGUGUCGGGGCAGCUACUGGCGCCUGGCGCAGAAACAGCUCAACGGGGACGCGGGGGGCGGCUCCGAGGGUGGGCUGGGGGCUGGGGGGCCAGCAGGCGGGAGGCGCAGCGAGGCGAUGGCGCUGGUCGAGGUGUGCGGGCCCCCCCGCGGGGGCUGGGACUGGGCCCCCCCCGGAGCCGCCGCUGCGCCCCGGGGAUCCGAUCACUACAGCUUCGGCCUGCGGGCGCCCGAGCUGGCCCUGCCGAGGGGGGAGCAGCCGGCCCAGUUCCUGCAGACCUACUCCGAGGAGGGCCGGGACCGGGUGCGGAUCCAGCUGGCCCACGGCACCACCACCCUGGCCUUCAAAUUCCAGCACGGGGUCGUCGUGGCUGUUGACUCCCGGGCAUCGGCUGGCAGCUACAUUGCCACCCUGGAGGCCAACAAGGUGAUCGAGAUCAACCCCUACCUGCUGGGCACCAUGUCGGGCAGCGCCGCCGACUGCCAGUACUGGGAGCGGCUCCUCGCCAAGCACUGCAGGCUGUACCAGCUGCGGAACAAGGAGCGGAUCAGCGUCUCAGCCGCCUCCAAGCUGCUGUCAAACAUGAUGUGCGAGUAUCGGGGCAUGGGGCUGUCCAUGGGCAGCAUGAUCUGCGGCUGGGACAAGAAGGGCCCCGGCCUGUACUACGUGGACGAUAAUGGCACCCGUCUCUCCGGCCCCAUGUUCUCCACGGGCUGCGGGAACAGCUACGCCUACGGGGUGAUGGACAGCGGGUACCGGCCCGACCUCAGCGUGGAGCAGGCCUACGACCUGGGGCGCCGCGCCAUCGCCCAGGCCACCCACCGCGACGCCUACUCCGGGGGCGUCGUCAACAUGUAUCACAUGAAGGAGGAUGGAUGGAUCAAGGUGGAGAAGACCGACGUCAGCCAAUUGAUCCACAAGUACCUGGAGGCCAGGAAGUUGGCCCCGGCCCCUCUGCUGGAGGCGGCAGCAGCAGCGGGCGGGGCCCGGCCCGGCCCGGGAAUCCCCCGAAAGCGAAACCGGGCGGGCUCGGCGGGGUCCGGGGGCUGCCGCCCCGCGAGAAGGACCCGGAGCCGGAGCCGGAGCCGGAGCUGGAGCCGCAGACUGUCUUCCACCAUGCCGCUGCCCCUCACCCUGCGUCUGGGCUGUCCCCUGCUGCUCUGCGACCUGGCCCUGCUGGCCCUGCUGGGCUGGGGCGUCCCCUCGCUGGCCCCCCUGGGGCUGCCGGCCACCUGGCUGGAAGCUGCUGUGCGUUUCCUGGGGCUCUGGGGAGCCUGGGGGCUGCUGGCCCCGGAUCAGCCCCACCUGUCCCUCCCCAGGGCCCUGGCUGCCCUGUGCCUGCUGCCCCCCCUGUACCUCACCCUGCGGAGCUGCCUGCCCCUGCCCGACGUGCCCCCUGCCCUGCUGGCCGGUGCCCCCUGGGCCUGGCUGCUGCUGAGCUAUGGGGCAGUGGGGCUGGCCCAGCUCACCUGGGGGGCCCUGGGGCAGGGAGAUAGGGCCGGGGGGCCCGGCGCAGAGGACACGGAGUGGGAGUCCAGGGCCACCCUGCGCCGGCUGGUGGGGCUAUCCCGGCCCGACGUGCCCUUCCUGUCCGGGGCCUUCGUCUUCCUCGCUAUAGCUGUGAUUGGUGAGACGUUCAUCCCCUACUACACGGGACGUGUCAUCGACAUCCUGGGCAGUGCCUAUGACCCCAACGCCUUCGCCACCGCCAUCGUCCUCAUGUCCCUGGCCUCCUUUGGCAGCUCCCUGGCCGCCGGCUGCCGUGGGGGGCUCUUCAUGUUCACGUUCUCCCGGCUCAACAUCCGCACCCGGUGCCAGCUCUUCUCCUCCCUGGUGCGCCAGGACCUGGCCUUCUUCCAGCAGGUCAAAACAGGGGACCUGACCUCGCGCCUCUCCAAGGACAUCACCAUGAUGAGCCGCUCGGUGCCGGCCAACGCCAACAUCUUCCUGCGCAGCCUGGUGAAGGCGCUGGGGCUGUACGGCUUCAUGCUGGGGCUGUCCUGGCGCCUGACGCUGCUCACGCUGCUCGAGACCCCCCUCACCAUGGCCGCCCAGAACCUCUACAAUGCCCGACACAAGGCCAUGCUGAAGGCGAUCCAGGACUCCAUGGCGCGCUCCGCCGAGGUCGUGCGCGAGUCGGUUUCCUCCAUCGAGACCGUGCGCAGCUUCGCCACCGAGGAGGAGGAGUCGCGGCGCUACGAGGCGGCGCUCGCCGAGACCCACCGGCUGAAGAACCGCCGCGACCUGGAGAGGGCACUCUACCUGCUCUUCCGCCGGCUGCUGCAGCUGGCCAUGCAGGUGCUGAUGCUGUACUGCGGGCACCAGCAGAUCCGCGCCGGGCUCCUGACCAAGGGCAGCCUGGUCUCCUUCAUCCUCUACCAGGGGGACGUGGGCAGCUAUGUGCAGACCCUGGUGUACAUGUACGGGGACCUGCUGAGCAACGUGGGGGCGGCGGAGAAGGUGUUUGAGUACCUGGACCGGGAGCCAGCUGUGCGCACCGACGGGACGCGGGCGCCGGAGUCGCUGCAGGGACACGUCUCCUUCCGCAACGUCUCCUUCUCCUACCCCUCCCGCCCGGACCACCAGGUCCUAAAGGCCGUGUCCUUCGAGCUGCGCCCCGGGGAAGUGACGGCGCUGGUGGGGCUGAACGGCAGUGGGAAGAGCACGUGUGUGGGGCUGCUGGAGCGGUUCUACGAGCCCCAGGCCGGGGAGAUCCUGCUGGACGGGGCUCCCCUCCGGGAGUACGAGCACCGGUACCUGCACCGCCAGGUGGCCCUGGUGGGGCAGGAGCCCGUCCUCUUCUCCGGUUCCAUCCGGGAGAACAUCGCCUACGGGCUGGGGGGCUGCGGGGAGGAGCAGGUCACCAGGGCGGCCAGAGCGGCCCACGCCUCUGGGUUCAUUGCGGAGCUGGACAGCGGCUUUGAGACAGAUGUGGGGGAGAAGGGUGGGCAGCUCUCAGCUGGGCAGAAGCAGCGGAUCGCCAUCGCCCGGGCGUUGAUCCGCCAGCCGGCCGUGCUGAUCCUGGACGAAGCCACCAGUGCGCUGGACGCGGAGAGCGAAUGCGCGAUCCGCCAGUCGGUGCUGAGCCGGGGGCCCCGGACGGUGCUGGUAAUCGCCCACCGCAUGCAGACGGUGGAGGACGCUGACCGGAUCAUGGUGCUGGAGGGCGGGGCCGUGGCCGAGGAGGGGACGCACGCCGAGCUGAUGGGGCGCAAGGGGCCCUACUACAGACUGGUGCAGAGAGACCUCGCCGAGUAACC